AUGGCGUAUCCCGGGCAUCCUGGCGCCGGCGGCGGCUACUACGCGGGCGGGUACGGAGGGGCUCCCGGAGGGCCUGCGUUUCCCGGACAAACUCAGGAUCCGCUGUAUGGUUACUUUGCUGCUGUAGCUGGACAGGAUGGACAAAUAGACGCUGAUGAACUGCAAAGAUGCCUGACACAGUCAGGCAUUGCUGGAGGAUACAAACCGUUUAACCUGGAGACUUGCCGGCUUAUGGUUUCAAUGCUGGAUAGAGACAUGUCAGGUACAAUGGGUUUCAAUGAAUUUAAAGAACUCUGGGCGGUACUGAACGGCUGGAGACAGCACUUUAUCAGUUUUGACAGUGAUAGGAGUGGAACAGUGGAUCCCCAAGAAUUGCAGAAGGCCCUGACAACAAUGGGAUUUAGGUUGAGUCCGCAGGCUGUGAAUUCAAUUGCAAAACGAUACAGUACCAAUGGAAAGAUCACCUUUGAUGAUUACAUCGCCUGCUGUGUCAAGCUGCGAGCUCUAACAGACAGCUUUCGAAGACGGGAUACUGCUCAGCAAGGUGUAGUGAAUUUCCCAUAUGAUGAUUUCAUCCAGUGUGUUAUGAGUGUUUAA